UUUACCUUUUUUUUAUGAAAAAUUAUUUUAGAAAACUGAAGAAUGAAGAUUUUCGCAAGUUGUUAGCCUCUUCAUCAUCAACUAGAGUGGUCGAUAACAAUUCCUCAACAAAAACAACAACAACAUCUUCCCAUGCUUUUACACAUAGAAAAAUUGGAAAUUCUGUGCAAACCAAAGCUAAACCCAAAAAAUAUGUUCCAAGGCCUGAUCAUGUUCCAAAACCCGACGAUGAUAUUUUUGAUGAAUCUGAAGCUCGACUUGUUGAAAUACUCAAAAAUUAUCGAGAUCGGGCAUCUGAAAGAAGAAAAGGAAUGUUUUCUGAUGAGACGGAAAUUAGCAAACUUAUACGAGCUAGUAAAGAUGUUGAAAAUGUUGGAAGUGUUUUGGAUGCAUCCGCGGGAGAAUCAAGGAAAAUGCAAAUUCAGAAAUCAAAAUAUCUUGGAGGUGAUAUGGAACACACCCAUUUGGUUAAAGGCCUUGAUUAUUCGCUUUUGAAUAAAGUCAGAACGGAAAUACAUGAACAACAAGCAUUAAAUGACCCAGUUGUUGUUUCUAACGAUCCAACACAAGCUGGAAACAAAUUAGCUCGAAAUGUCUGUAAAAUUCUAUUUGAAAACAAACUCCCUCAAAGAAAUGAACUUUUUGUGAGAGGCAGAAUGGCCUAUUUAGUUGAAUUGGAUGAAGAAGAAUCUGAUGUGCCUAGUACUUUAAUGCGCUCAGUUGUUGAUUCUUCUGCGGAUCAGACGAUCGAAAAUAUUAAUGCAGAUAAUGUGCUUAUAAAUAAAUUGUCUCAAGUGUUGGUCUACCUUAGAACUGAUCUUAAGAAAAAGACGAAAACUGGAUUUGAACGUGACUUACCUCAACAUCAAGAAUCUACAAGUAUUUUUGAAGGUUUAGAUGAUUAUGUUUCUUCAAAUAAAAAUGAUGAAAAAAGAAAUGGGGAUAUUAGAAGGAGACAAAGAGAAGGGGAAUCUUCUACAGAUCAAAGGAAAAGUUAUUUUUCAAGCACAGAUGGAGAAAGAAGUCGUGGACGUGAUGAUCGUAACUCUGCAAGAGACAGAAGACCAGAAAGAAGAAGAGAACGCGAUGAAGAUGAAAGACGUGAAAAAGAAAAAUUAGAAAAGGAAAAACUAGAAAAAGAAAUGUUGGAUAAGGAAGAGCUUUUGCAAAAAAAGAGACGAAAAUUGGAACAAGAAGAUGCUUAUGCUGAAUUUUAUCCGGGUGGUCUUGGAAUGAUGGACGCGGGUGGGGAGAGCGAUGACGAUGAUUUUUCACAAAUGGAUCAGGGCAAUCGAAAAUCUCAAAUAAAACGUUGGGACUUUGACACUCAAGAAGAUUAUGAACGAUACCAAAGUGCACGUGAAGCACACCCUCGAGCUGUUUACCAAUUUGGAGUAAAAACUAGCGGUGGAAGAAAAACACGAAAAAAUGUUUUGGCAGUCAAUGAAAAGAAAAUUGACAGAGAAUUGGAUAAAAUUAAUAAAAUUUUGGAGAGAGGAACAAACCAAAGUAUACGUUAUUAA